AUGUCGCGAACACAGCAGGUGGACCAGGCCGACUCCAUCACCAGCCAGGACCCAACCCGCGAUGAGCCGAAGAAGGCAAAGAGCAAGAGGCCCCCAAAUACCGCCUUCAGGCAGCAGCGUCUGAAAGCAUGGCAACCCAUCUUGACGCCCAAGACGGUCCUGCCUCUGUUCUUUAUCGUUGGCGUCAUCUUUUCGCCCAUCGGAGGCCUGCUCAUAUACGCCAGCUCGCAGGUCCAGGAAAUCUCAAUCGACUAUACCAACUGCAACAGCACCGCGCCGCAAGCCAGGCUCGACUACAAUGCUAGUCUGGGCAACGACCUCGAACCAAUUCCCUCGAGCAGGGUGUCGGCCACCUUCAACUCAAAAAUGCAGACGGCGCCUCAGUGGGGUUGGGCUCGCGAUAACUACACGUUUCAGCCCCAAGGCGUCACGCUCGAAACAAACGUCUGCAUCCUCAGCAUCACCAUCCCCAACGACAUCAAGCCGCCGAUUCUCUUCUACUACCGCCUGACCAACUUUUACCAAAACCACCGCCGAUAUGUCAAGUCUGUCGAUAUCAACCAGCUCAAGGGCGACGCCAGGAGUGCCAGCCAGCUCAGCUCUGGCGACUGCGAUCCUUUGGCUGUCGCUCCCAACGGAAAGCCUUACUAUCCCUGCGGUCUGAUUGCCAACUCCAUGUUCAACGACACCUUUGGCAAUCUGACCCUGGACAAUGCUGUGCAGGAUGCCGAUGGAAACGAGAUCAACUCGUACAACAUGACGACCGAUGGCACAUCAUGGGCCCAUGAGGGCGAUCUGUACGGCAAGACCAAGUACAAGCCUGAGGAUGUUGUUCCACCCCCCAACUGGCAAGACCAAUAUCCCAAUGGAGAAUAUCGCGAUGAGCUGCCCAACCUGCAUACCUGGGAACAGUUCCAGGUCUGGAUGAGGACUGCGGGAUUGCCGACAUUUAGUAAACUAUACCAGCGCAACGACAAGGAUGUUUUGCGAGCUGGCACCUACCGCCUGAAGAUUUAUGACCGCUUCCCUGUUAACAAGUACGAUGGCACCAAGUCGAUUCUCAUCUCCACCACCACCGUCAUGGGUGGUAAGAACCCAUUCCUCGGUAUUGCCUAUCUUGUCGUCGGUGGCCUUUGCAUUCUAUUAGGCGCCGUGUUCCUCGCCACACACCUCGUCAAGCCCAGGAAACUGGGCGACCACACGUACCUCACUUGGAAUAAUGACCAGCCCACGUCGGCCACUACUACCGGUCGAGCGGGUGGUGCAUGA